GUCCCGCCCCGAGCUCUGCCUGCCGGGCCGCCCGGCCCCGCCGCACUCGCCCGCCGCGGAGAGCGAGGGGAGCGGAGCCGCAGCCCCCAGCGCCAUUGCCGCCCUCAGCCCGCCAUGGCAGGAGCCGUUGAUGGGAGCGCCACGCUGACAUCCCAGCUGGGUUCCUGAGCUGCUGUGUGCCUCCUGGAGCUGCUGUGCUGCAGUGAGGAGCUGUCCCUCCUUCUGGCCUGUCCCAGACCCCUCCUGUGCUGCAUGCAGGUGCUGGAGACCAUGGGCAUCGGCAAGAACACCACCUCCAAGUCGGUGGAGGGAGGAGGCUCCACGGAGGGCAAAUACGAGGAUGAGUCCAAGCACCCAACCUUCUUCACCCUGCCCGUUGUGAUAAACGGUGGAGCCACGUCCAGCGCUGAUCAGGACACCGAGGACACGGAGCUCAUGGCCAUCUACACCACGGAGAAUGGCAUAGCAGAAAAGAGCUCCCUGGCAGAGACCCUGGACAGCAGUGGCAGUUUGGAUGCCCAGAGGACUGACAUGAUUUACACCAUUGAAGAUGUUCCUCCCUGGUACCUCUGCAUCUUUCUGGGCUUGCAGCACUACCUGACGUGUUUCAGCGGGACCAUCGCCGUGCCCUUCCUGCUGGCCGAUGCCAUGUGCGUGGGCUUCGACCAGUGGGCCACCAGCCAGCUCAUCGGGACCAUCUUCUUCUGCGUGGGCAUCACCACCCUGCUGCAGACCACCUUCGGCUGCAGGUUACCCCUGUUCCAAGCCAGUGCUUUUGCAUUCUUAGCACCUGCCAGAGCAAUUCUCUCUCUGGAGAAGUGGAAGUGCAAUAACACAGAUCUAACAGUUGCAAACGGAACAGCAGAGCUGCUGCACACGGAGCACAUCUGGUACCCCCGGAUACGAGAGAUCCAAGGUGCCAUCAUCAUGUCCUCGCUGAUCGAGGUGGUGAUCGGGCUGCUGGGGCUGCCCGGGGCCCUGCUGCGCUACAUCGGCCCGCUGACCAUCACCCCCACCGUGGCCCUCAUCGGCCUCUCGGGCUUCCAGGCUGCAGGGGAGAGAGCUGGCAAGCACUGGGGCAUCGCCAUGCUGACUAUUUUCCUAGUGUUGUUGUUUUCCCAGUAUGCCAGAAAUGUCAAAUUUCCCUUGCCCAUUUAUAAAUCCAAGAAAGGAUGGACAGCAUACAGGCUGCAGCUUUUCAAGAUGUUCCCUAUCAUCCUGGCCAUCCUGGUGUCCUGGCUGCUGUGCUUCAUCUUCACGGUGACGGACGUGUUCCCCCCGGACAGCUCCAAGUACGGCUUCUACGCGCGCACGGACGCGCGCCGCGGCGUGCUGCUGGUGGCCCCCUGGUUCAAGGUGCCCUACCCCUUCCAGUGGGGCCUGCCCACCAUCUCGGCGGCGGGCGUGAUCGGCAUGCUGAGCGCCGUGGUGGCCAGCAUCAUCGAGUCCAUCGGCGACUACUACGCCUGUGCCCGGCUCUCCUGUGCUCCUCCUCCUCCCAUCCAUGCCAUCAACAGGGGGAUUUUCAUCGAGGGUCUCUCCUGUGUUCUGGACGGAGUGUUUGGGACGGGGAAUGGAUCCACCUCCUCCAGCCCCAACAUUGGGGUCCUGGGCAUCACAAAGGUUGGGAGCCGCAGGGUGAUCCAGUACGGAGCAGCUUUCAUGCUGCUGCUGGGCAUGGUGGGCAAGUUCAGCGCGCUCUUCGCAUCGCUGCCCGACCCCGUGCUGGGGGCUCUCUUCUGCACCCUCUUUGGGAUGAUCACGGCCGUGGGUCUGUCCAACCUGCAGUUCAUCGAUCUCAAUUCUUCUCGGAAUCUCUUCGUGCUGGGAUUUUCCAUCUUCUUUGGGCUCGUCCUCCCCAGCUAUCUCAAACAGAACCCCCUGGUCACAGGAAUCGCGGGCAUCGACCAGGUGCUGAACGUGCUGCUCACCACGGCCAUGUUCGUCGGGGGCUGCGUCGCCUUCGUGCUGGACAACACCAUCCCAGGAAGCCCUGAAGAAAGGGGAAUUCGGAAAUGGAAGAAAGGGGUCGGUAAGGGAAGCAAAUCCCUGGAAGGCAUGGAGACGUAUGAUCUGCCUUUUGGCAUGAACUUCAUUAAAAAAUACAGGUGUUUCAGCUUCCUGCCCAUCAGCCCCACCUUCCUGGGGUACACGUGGAAAGGCUUCAGGAAAAGCAGCAACUGCAGGAGUUCAGACGAAGACUCGGAAGCUACAGUAUAGCCUUAGCUGAAAUUAUAUUAUCUAGUUGUAGUCAAAGAUGUAUUUGCAGUUUCUUGCUGAUUAAGAAGCAUUAAAAUAUAUGUUUUGUAUAUCUGCAUUUAAAUUCUGGAACCAGAGCUGAGACGGAUCUUAAAAAAAAAAAAAAAAAAAAAGAAGAAAAGAAAAAAAAAAAAAGCUUUUCCUGCUGUGGGUGGUGGGAGCCAGGUCUAGUGUCUCUGGGGCAAAUCCUGCUGAUUUUGGGAAGUUGGAGAGAGCUGUGCACCUAAUUCUGCUGGUUUUAAAUGGUUUCAGGCGGAGGUGUGGAGGUGCUGCUGCACAUUUUUUGGUUUUAUGGUGGUUUUAUUGAAGCCCUCAGCGUUGGUUACGCCAGGAAAGCUGAACCUUGGAGAAGGAGAGGGGGGUAAAAAAAGAGAGAAAAGGAAAAAUCUUUCUUGUGCUGAUGUCAGACCCCACGGAUGCUGUUCUGCUGCUCAGUGAUUUGCACAUUCCGUGUUCCCAGUGCCUGGAAACGGGGCUCAGCUGAUGCUGGCAGUGCUGAGAGUUUCCUCCUGGGUGAUCUGUGGUUCCAGGGACACGUCCAGCAUUCAGACAGGAAGUUUCUGGAGUAACUUUGCCUUUGAAAGCCAAGGCUGGCUGGGCUGGCUCGCUUUUCCUGACAGCAUUUCUCGUUUUUGAGGUUUGCUUUCCCCACCAGGGUUUCCUUACGGGGACACCCGAGCCCGGGGAGUUCCAGGGAUGGGAAACCUGAACUCACACAGACCUGGGGGCAGCGUUUCGGUUCAGUGCCUGUGUCCAGCAGGAUUUUCCUGGCCAGAAAUGCUAAUUAGCUGAGCAGCUCCAAGCAAUUAGCAGUUGUUCCCUGUGGGGAAAGCCACGUGCUUGGGUCUGAGCAGGGUUUUUGUAUUUUAUUUUUUUGCUGAUGGCUCUUUCUCCUCUUGUGGGGCUUCUCCAGAGGCUGAUUCCUGCUGGGAAGGGGUUUGGGAGAGCAGAGACACUGCACCUGCAGCCUCACCCGGCGGAUGGGUUCACGGGUAUCGGGUCCAAUCAGGGCACCACUCAGAUUCUCUUUUUGUUUUUCCUGAAAUAGUCUCAGCUCUGCUGUUAUGUGGGUGUUCACGCUCAUCAUGCAUUCAUGAUUAACAGUUUUAUUCCUGUUUAAUGUUCUUACUAUUGCAAGUUAGUUUUAGACUUCCGUGUGGCCCCAAAAGCAUUUUCAGCUGUGGAGAUCAUCAGGGAAAUGUUGUGUAAUGUAAUUUCAAGGCCAGUAAUGCUCUACGGUGCUUGCGUUUUGUAUUCCUGGAAAACCAUACCAGUAGAUCCUGUACCCCCCUGAUCUGUUUAUCCAAGUUUGACCGCUGGACAGGAGCACAGGAACUCUGUUUUCUCCCAGUCUGCUCCCAGGGGAAUUUGUUCUGGGGUGUUGAAGCAUGGACGGGUUGGGGUGGUGGGGAGGGCGAGGACGGAGCUUGAGGGAUCAGUGCCGAGUAGUGUAGAGUGGGAAUGAAUCCGUGGAUUUCGUUCUCAGCAUGCCAUGGCUGUUUCCAAAACUGUUUAUCCCGCUUUUCCCCUGCCCAAGCAUGCCUUUGUUCCUGCUUCCUUCGGGGAACUUUCAGUAGUUUGCACUCUUGGUGUCGGUCCGACUCGAGAGCUGCUCGGAAGAGUCGUCGUGUGGUAGACGAGGUUGGUUUGCCUGUGAAACAAAAAGUCAUUUUUGCUCAUUUUUCAGUGUUUCCUCUCCAGGUAGCGAGGUGUUGGAUUCCCACACCCCCCUGCACACGCUUUUGGUGUGGGGACCUCUGGGCAGUGGCACGGAGCUCCCAAAUUCCGGCUCCCUGUGCAACCAAAGAUGUCUGGCAGACGUGGAGGGGUUGAAAAUCCCCAUCCGAAAGGAAAACCAAGCCAGGUCUGGUGGCUGUGCAGCCCCAGGGGUUGUGGAGAUGUCAGAUGCCAAAUUGGUUAUCCUGUAAAAGUGGAGAAAAGGAGGAAAAGUUUCAUUUCCAGAGCGAGGAGGGGAUGGGAGCAGAGUUUGUCUCUCACCCCGCUGAGGGAAACCCCAGUGAGUUCCCAGUGGAUGUUCCCAAGACAAUCCAAGUCCCAGGGCAGCAAAUCCUGGAUAAAUUCCCUCUCCUCCCUGGAGCAGAGCUCCCCUCCUUCCCCACAGCUCUCUCCAGGCAGGUGCAGUCCAGUUUUCUGUUGGAUUUAAUUCUUUCUGUGCUUGGUGCCCACUCCCCCGGCCCCUGGGAGCAGCUGGAGUUGGGUCCGUUUGGAUCCCAGCUGGGCAGGGGGACCAUCCCCACCUCCUCCGGGGUGGGAAGGGUUAAAGGACCCCUGGGUGUGCAGGAGGGGCUGGGCUGAGGUCGGGGUGGGACGUUUGAGGUGAGUUUUGGGGAGAGGAGCUGCCCUGUCCCAUCCUGGGGGAGCCCCCUAGGGGAAGGAGAGCAGAGCUUUGCUCUGGGGCAAAUCCCCGAGUUCACCCCGGCUUUGUGCAGGGGCAGGGGGCACUUUGGGCCUUAAAUCCUUCCCUUCCCCUGGGCCCUUCUCCUGGGCCCUUCUCCUGGGCCCUUCUCCUGGUCACUUUUCUAAGGGAAAUUCCAGAUUCCAGGGAUUUGGGUGCCUGUGCCUGUGCUGAGCUGCUGGCAGGGGUGGAGAGGAUGAGGCUGCAGGUUUGGUGAAAAUUAAAUUCCAAAUUCCAGGGAUUUGGGUGCCUGUGCCCAUGCUGAGCUGCUGGCAGGGGUGGAGAGGAUGGAGCUGCAGGUCUGGGGAAAAUUAAACACAAAUUGUGCUGGGGAUGUCCAGGUGCAAGCCGAGUGCCACUGCAGUGCUGGAUUUCCCCCUCCGCCCUUCCCUGCCUUCCCAACCCCGAGCAGCCAGGGAAGGUGGCAGCUGAGAGGUGAGUGAAGAGGUGAUGGGAAGUUUCCACCAGAUUUGGAGAGGGAAGGGCAAAUAUUCAUGGUAGAAAUCUCAUUUUGUCAUAUCAGAGGUGGCAUCGGUGUAUACAAACAAAGUCACUUGGGAUUUUUGUAAUUGAUAUUCUCUUGUAAUUUUUUUAGGUUCAAUUAAGGGUUCUUGCUGACAUGUUGAAACACGUUUUCUAAAGCAAAUACUUGCAAAUUACGCCUAUAGAAAUUUAGGUUUCGUAGCUGACAGCUAUGACUGGUUAACGUUGUCAUAUUGGAGGGACUUCACCACGUACCUCGCUCAGAAAGCUCGACCUUUUCAACCCCAAAUUUGCUUUUAUUGCCUUUUAAUACUGACUUGAAGUAUGACAACUUGGUUUGUACAUGAAUAUUGCAGUAUUUUAUUUCCAUAUAUUAAGAAAAUAACAUUUCCGCUCAGGAUAACGGCGGCGCUUUCCUGGGAGGGAGUGGUAUGAGUGUCAUGACAAUGUCAUGUGAUGGUAGAAUUUCUUCAUUGACGAAUCUAUAGUGGUUGUGUAUACUUUAUUUACCCAGCUUUGUGUUCCUACCCAAAACUGGAGCCUUUUGUUGUUUCCUCCCUGCUGAGCCCUCGGGGCUCCGGGGGCAGAAUUGGAGCAGAGCCCUCGGAGGGCGCCCGGUGAGCGUGACCCGGACACCCCAAAAAUGUGGAAAUCUGACGUCACCUACACCCCAAAAAUGUGGAAAUUUGGCGUCACCAACACCCCAAAAGUGGAAAUCUGGCGUCACCCACACCCCAAAAGUGAAAUGUGACGUUUUUGGGUGCAGGCUGCUGCCUGCCCUCGAUGCCUGCCCCAGCCCAGGGUCAGGCUGUCAGACCAGCACCGCCUCCACCGUGUGUCUCGUGGCCUUCUUUGACCAAAAUCGGCUUUUUUCUGCCCUUUUCCUGUCCCUUUUGCUGGGGGGUCGCAGCGGGUCCCGCUGGGUGCAGGUGGGUUCUGGGAGCUCCCAGGGCUGGCUGAGCCCUUCCCCUGCUGCCAGCCCCGGGAAUUCUGUAUUUGUCUGUUCAGAACAACCUCUGGCGUAACAAACUAUUGACUGUUCUUAGGCGGUGGGGAUAAAUUUCAUUUUUUCCAUGACUUUUCAUGACUGACUUUGGCUGUAAAACUUUUUUUGGUUCAACAGCAAAAGUUUAUUUUGGGGAGGGGUUUGUGUUUGAUUUUUUUUUGUUGUUCUUGUUCCAAGAUGUGUAAUUCUUUUACGGAUUUUUUUUUUAUUAUUCCUUUUUUUUUUUUGCCUUUUUCUAACAUUGCUUCAUUAAACAACUAAAUAUUUAAAAAUGUAAUAUUUGGACCAGAUGUUGUGAAUAAUAGUAGAUAAAGCUAUUUUAUUCUGUAUUUUUAAAGCUGUUCAGUAUAAAUAAACUCGGGCAUAGAUGCA